AUGUCUUUAUUCUCCCUAUCCUCACUUCUCGGAGCUGUUCGUUCUCCUUUCUCCCUCGGGCCCGGCGCCAUCCGUACCGCCACCAAACGCGCAGGUGGUAGCACCCGCAACACAGGUGGUUCACCAGGAAAGAGGCUGGGCUUGAAGAAGUUCUCAGACCAGUAUGUGAUCCCUGGAAACAUUAUCGUCCGCCAACGCGGAACCUGGUUUCACCCAGGUCAACACGUGAAGAUGGGCCGUGAUCACACAAUAUAUGCCACCGUUCCUGGAUAUGUACGCUUCUACAAGGAGCCUCGCUUGCGCGAGGACCGGAAGUUCGUUGGUGUCGUGCUGAACCGUGGUGAGAAGCUUCCACGGGACGAGGCUUCUCUUGGUCGCAGCCGGUUUUCGUCGCUUGUCAAUCUGAAAGAACUGGCUCAGCAAGAAGCCACUGCAUAA